AUGGCUAAAUCUGGCUACUUGGGCCACAUGACCUCAAGCUGCUAUCACCUGGGGUCGCCCAACCCCGGCAACCGUUGCCUGAGUGAAUCUAGUAGUUCAAUAAUCCAUGGGGACAAGCCACCGAAGAAAAGCGAGGAGCCAAAGAAGGGGAAGUGUGAGAAGCCACCUACGAAGCACAAGCCACCCCACGAGGGCCACAUUCUUGUAGAGGAAGUGGAAGAGGGCUCAAAGAAGCCCGUCCCUGAGCAGAAGCCACCAAAGAAAGGCGAGGAGCCAAAGAAGUGGAAGGGAGGCAAGCCACCACGCGAGGGUCACAUUCUCGUAGAAGAGGUGGAAGAGGAUGCGAAGAAGCCAUUCCCCCAGCACAAGCUGCCAAAGAAAGGGGAGGAGCCGAAGAUGGGGAAGGGAGAGAAGCCCCCACUCAAGCCUCCCACCAAGAACUGA